UAAUUAUUAUAAUCACGACGACAACACGCUUCACCCCGUACAACUAACUCCAUUUGCAGAGCAAAAGGAAGGUAAAAAUGGCGGAGAAAGCUUCUCAAUCAGAAGGAGGAGGAGGAGAAAAUGAGAAGGCAAACAGUAUCAGUAUAUGCGGAAUGCAAUUCGCAUACCCAGGACAGCAUCCACUCUUCUACGAAUUCAAUCUCAACAUCUCUCCUGGAUCUCGUUGCCUUCUCGUUGGCGCUAACGGAUCUGGGAAGACAACUUUGCUGAAAAUAAUGGCAGGGAAGCAUAUGGUAGGAGGAAGAGAUGUGGUGCGAGUGAUAAAUGGUUCGGCUUUUCAUGAUACUCAAUUGGUUUGUAGUGGUGACUUGGCUUAUUUAGGCGGUUCGUGGAGUAAAACUGUUGGAUCUGCAGGGGAGAUUCCACUACAGGGAGACUUCUCUGCAGAACAUAUGAUAUUUGGAGUGGAAGGGACUGAUCCUGUUAGAAGAGAAAAGUUAAUUGAGCUGCUUGACAUUGAUUUGAAAUGGCGUAUGCACAAGGUGUCUGAUGGGCAGCGGCGACGAGUCCAGAUUUGCAUGGGUCUUCUUCAUCCAUUUAAGGUUCUUUUGCUAGAUGAAGUUACAGUCGAUCUAGAUGUUGUUGCCAGGAUGGAUUUGCUUGAGUUCUUCAAGGAAGAAUGUGAUCAGAGAGGAGCUACAAUUGUAUAUGCUACUCAUAUUUUUGAUGGGUUAGAGACGUGGGCAACACAUCUAGCAUACAUACAAGAUGGUGAGCUGAAGAGGGUUAAGAAGUUAACCGAGGUUCAUGAGUUGAAAAACUCAGCCACUCUGCUUUCUGUUGUUGAGUCUUGGCUCCGUUCUGAAACCAAGAAUGAGAAAAAGAAACCCACUAACCCUCCUGCCCAAAAUCAAAAGACCUCUCCUUUUGGUAGUUCUCCUUUCAUGUCUUCUAGACACAUGGCAUACUACCGCUGAUCCUUCUCAAGAUUAAUUGUUUUCGUCAUUUUUUUCUAAUUCAAAACCUGAUAUCGAAGAAAAUAGAUGAAACAAAGAUUCCCUAGCGAGAAAACUGGCGAAAGCUAUGUAAGCUGGUUACUUAUUGCUUAUACAUGCUUGAUUGUUGAAAUGGGAUAGAAUUUUCCUCCGUAGAAGCUCCCGGUAGAGAUGAUGAUAAAGGAAGUGUAUGCUGUGGUUUGCCCCCCUCUGCACGUUAAAGGUCUCAUAGCAUGCAGGCAAAAUGUUGUCUGUAAUCUGUUGCUAUCUUCUCAAUAAAAUGGUUGAGAUUCAUUCAAAGCAA